UCCCAUUUCACUUGUCCAUACACUGAGGUGUCUAAUGGCCUCCAGCUCAGGGCUGUCCAUGUGAGAAGUUAAUCGGAGAAGAAAACUGAAGACAUUUAAAGAGAGAGAAGAGUUUCCCACAGAGCAUGGCCUCUGCCAGAGAAGAUGGUGUGAAUGAAAGAAUGGUGGACAUUAAAGAAGAGGACUGUGAGCGGCUCAAACCAGAUGAUGUGUGUGUGAAGCUGGAGAAUCACGAAGAAAGAAUUUCAGUUUUUAAAGAGGAGGAGGAGUGCAAGGAGGUGACUACUGCCGUUAAAGCUGAGGAUUUGAAUGAUUUCUCCAUUGGUCUUGAACGUCAAAAGCAUGAAACUGAGGAUAUUUUCAAGCAAGAUGCCUGUGAAGAAUCUCCAUCCAGUUUACAGCCCUGGUCCACUAAUACGAGACGACUGGCGACACAGGAGAAUUCUGCAGAGCUGAAAUCAGAGUUAUCAGAGUCUGAAGAGAAAAUCACGGAGGAAAAUGGGAGAGAAGGAGAAGAGUCACCUGGGAGUGUUGGAAUAAAUUUACAGAAGAAUGGCAGCUUCCCUCCACCUUCAUUUGGUCAGCCCUGUCCUCAAUACAAAAUGAAGAAAUCAGCAAGAGGAUCAGAGAACCUGACAGCAGCCUUUUUGCAGUGCAGUUCUCUCCCUGCUACUGGAGUAACACAGACAGAAGUCAUCAAAACUGAUCGACAGCAAGUUGAGAAAGAAAUCCAAAUUCAUACUGGAAAAAAAUGUUGUGCUUCUGUAUUAAAUUUGCAAUUAACCAAGCAAGUGAAGAGUGGCAGUGUUGGUGAGAAGAAAGGUUUGAAGAAAAUUGAAAUUGAAUUAAAGAAAAAAAUUAUUGAAAAGUAUGAGCAUGGUGUUCGUGUUACUGAUCUUGCCACUGAGUUCAAAAAGUCAAAAUCUACAAUUUCAACUAUUUUAAAGCAGAAAGAUGCCAUUAAAGCAGCUGAUGUUGCAAAAGGAGUGACAGUGUUAACCAAGCAGAGGCCUCAAGUGCUGGAAGAGGUGGAAAAAUUGUUGUUAUCGUGGUUGAGCGAGAAGCAACUUGCAGGGGAUAUCGUAAGUGAGGCGAUGUCAUGCGAGAAAGCCAGGAAGAUUCAUGGUGAUUUGCUGCAACACUAUCCUUCUACAAGUGGCGCAGGAGAGGAAUUUAAAGCCAGUAGAGGAUGGUUUGAAAAGUUUCGCAAGAGAAGUGGCAUUCAUAGUGUGGUACGGCAUGGGGAGGCUACUAGUUCCAACUCUGCAGCUGCAAAGGAAUUCAUGAAAAAUUCCACACAAUUCGUGGAGGAUGAAGGCUACAUACAACAACAAGUGUUCAACUGUAAUGAGACUGGAUUGUUCGGGAAGAGGAUGCCAAAGAAGACCUACAUUACCCAGGAAGAGAAGGCUAUGCCUCCUGUUGUGGAUGAGAUUGUGUCCAUGGGCAAGAGCAUGGGUCUUGAAGUUGAAAAUGAGGAUAUCGACGACCUGGUCCUGGAUCACAAGGAGGAGGUGAUGAUGGAGAAACUCGCUGAACUCCAGCAGGAGCAGCAUAAGUUGCUCACCAAGGAGCAGUCCUCGGGGGAAGAAGAGGAAAGGGUGGUUAUAAAAAGUGAUGCAAUAAAAGGCAUCAUGGAAAAAUGGAACGAGUGCCAGGAUUUUUUCGAGAAGAACCACCCUGACAAAUCGGUUGCGAAUAAAGUGAUAAACAUGAUGAAUGACCAUGUCGUCUCGCAUUUCCGAAAAAUUUUAAUGCGUAGGAAAAGGCAAGUCACAAUAGACCACUAUUUUGCGAAGUCUGAUCCACCAGCUAAACGGCUAAAAACACCAGAAACAGAAUAAAUCACAAAAGAGAAUACACCUGAAGAAGAACAUCCCUCAAUCUCGCAGAGGGACUCUCCCUCAAAACUGUAACCCCCUCUCCACCCAACUUCCUUCUCACUUCCUUCAUGCCAGAUCUCGACUCAUGC